AUGCCUGCCUUCAUCUCCCAAACAUCCUCGCAGGUGUCACUCACCGACAUCAAGCUUGAGUGCGAGUCAGGCUAUGUCUCUGGACAAAACUCAGAAUACUCAUCACCAUCAUCAUCAACCACUCUGCCCCAGGUCUCUCUCACCAAGGCCCACAUCAACCACCUCAACAACAUGCUCGAGGAUAUGCACCCCAUGGACAUCCUCCGAUUCUGCAAGGUCAUGUUCCCUAACCUGUACCAAUCGACUGCUUUUGGCUUGACCGGUCUCGCAACCAUGGACAUGCUCUCUAAGAUCCAGAAGGAGCACCCCAACUCUCCCACUGUCGACCUCAUCUUCCUGGAUACCUUGUACCACUUCAAGGAGACAUACGACCUUGUCGACCGAGUGAAGGAGCGAUACCCCAACGUCCCUGUCCACAUCUUCAAGCCCGAUGGCGUCAACACUACCGAAGAGUUCGAGGACAUGUACGGAAAGGAGAUGUGGAACACCGCCAGUGAGAUGUAUGACUGGAUCGCCAAGGUUGAGCCUCUCCAGCGAGCCUAUGAUGAGCUCAAGGUUGCUGCCGUACUCAACGGUCGUCGAAGAUCUCAGGGUGCUGCCCGUGGUUCCAUCCCCAUCAUCGAAGUUGACGAUGAGCGUGGUGUUGUCAAGAUCAACCCCCUGGCCACAUGGUCCUUCAAGCAAGUCAACAACUACAUCAGGGAGAACAAUGUUCCCUACAACGCUCUCCUCGACCAAGGCUACAAGUCCAUCGGCGACUGGCACUCUACUGCCCCCGUCAAGGAGGGUGAAGACGAGCGAGCCGGACGAUGGAAGGGCCAAGACAAGACCGAGUGUGGCAUCCACAACAAGAAGUCUCGAUACGCUGAGUUCGUUGCUAUGAUGGAGCGCAAGCAACAAGAGGAGAAGCUUGCUGCUGCUCUCGAGAAAGUGGCUCUGCCCACCGUAUGA